CGCGCCGGCUCUGCACCCUCCGUAGUCCCAGCUUCGAGUACCGGCGCCGCAAGAUGCGGUCUUCCCUGGCUCCGGGUAUCUGGCUCCUCCGCGCCUUCUCUAGGGACAGCUGGUUCCGUGGCUUCAUCCUGCUGCUCACCUUCCUCGUCUAUGUCUGUUAUCACAUGUCCAGAAAGCCCAUCAGCAUCGUUAAGAGCCGCUUGCACCAGAACUGCUCAGAUAUUGUCAGACCCAUUAAUGACACCCACGAUCUCAACGAUACCACCUGGUGCAGCUGGAGUCCGUUCGACAAGGAUGACUACAAGGAGCUACUGGGAGCUGUGGACAAUGCCUUCCUAGUGGCUUAUGCCAUUGGCAUGUUUAUUAGUGGAAUCUUUGGGGAGCGGCUGCCCCUGCGUUACUACCUCUCAGCUGGAAUGGUGCUCAGCGGCCUAUUCACCUCCCUCUUCGGCCUGGGAUACUUCUGGAAUAUCCACAUGCUCUGGUACUUCGUGCUCAUCCAGAUCUGCAAUGGCCUUGUUCAGACUACGGGCUGGCCGUCUGUGGUGACCUGUGUUGGCAACUGGUUUGGGAAGGGAAAGCGGGGAUUCAUCAUGGGCAUCUGGAACUCCCACACGUCUGUGGGCAAUAUUCUGGGCUCCCUGAUCGCUGGAAUCUGGGUGAACCAGCACUGGGGACUGUCAUUCAUCGUGCCUGGCAUUAUCACUGCUGUCAUGGGCGUCAUCACCUUCCUCUUUCUUAUUGAGUACCCAGAAGAUGUGGACUGCACCCCUCCCCAGCACCAUGAUGACCUGGAGAAGGAACGGGACAACCCUGAGGAUCCUGUGAACAGUCCCUACAGCAGCAGGGAAAGUAGUGUGGACAUUGCAGCCUGUUCCUCCAAGGAGCAGGGCCCUGAGCCUGAAGCCAUCAGUUUCCUGGGGGCACUCAAAAUCCCGGGUGUGAUAGAGUUCUCUCUAUGUCUGCUCUUCGCCAAGUUGGUCAGCUACACCUUUCUCUACUGGCUGCCCUUGUACAUCUUCAAUGUGGCUCACUUUAGUGCCAAGGAGGCCGGGGACCUAUCCACACUCUUCGAUGUUGGUGGCAUCAUAGGUGGCAUCAUGGCAGGGCUCAUCAGCGACUACACCAAUGGCAGGGCCACCACUUGCUGCGUCAUGCUGAUCUUGGCUGCUCCCAUGAUGUUCCUGUACAACUACAUUGGCCAGAAUGGGAUAACCAGCUCCAUAGUGAUGCUGAUUAUCUGUGGGGUCCUGGUCAAUGGCCCUUAUGCACUCAUCACCACAGCUGUCUCUGCUGACCUGGGUACACACGAGAGCCUGAAGGGCAACGCCAAGGCCCUCUCCACUGUCACAGCCAUCAUUGACGGCACCGGCUCCAUAGGUGCGGCUCUGGGGCCCCUGCUGGCCGGGCUCAUCUCCCCCACAGGCUGGAACAAUGUGUUCUACAUGCUCAUCUCUGCCGACAUCUUGGCUUGCGUGCUCCUCUGCAGGUUGGUGUACAAAGAGAUCCUGGCCUGGAAGACGGCCCGCAGCAGAAACAGUGGCUCUAGUCUGGCCCUAACCCACCCGCGAUAGUAUUUUCCUCAAGUCCCAUGACUUUUGUACAAACAAAUCUGAGGCCUUGAUUGGAAGAACAGUAUAGGCCGUCCCUGCCGGGCACCCAAUGUGCUUCCUAUGAGCAAGAGAAUGGAAACUUCCGUCACAGCGUCACAGCGGGAGGCAAAGCCUCCUGA